UGCUUCCCAAGCAAAUCCUGCCUGUUCCCUUUGAAAAACUCAUAAAAAGGACUGACAAAAAUCUGCUGUAUGUCUUUGGGUUUUCUUGUUCUUUAUCGUCUCAAAGCUAGUAAGUUUUUAUCAGGAAUGGACUCCCAAAAAGGUCAGGUUCAACUGCAACAACCUUCUUCUACUAUAACCCCACCAAUAACUUCUUGUCGAAAAAAGAAGUCAGACGAUGCUAAUUUCUUGGAGGAUUUAAGGGACCAUAUUGAUGAGUUCAUUCAUGCGUCCAUGGAUGAACAUAAAACUUGUUUUAAGAAGACCAUGCAAAAGAUGUUUGGAAUGUCAAAGAUUGUUGCAGAAAGGAGUUCAGAACCAAAAGAAGUCGAAAGUAUUCUGCCCCUUCGGACAACUGUAGCUGAUUAGAAUAUUUGACAUCCUUUUUCUGAUCAGAGGAACAUAAAUAUAUAUAUUUUGUUAUCAAUUUUCUAUUUGACAA